CUGGAGGAGGAGUACUUCGUCGCGCCGCUGGCGACGAGCAAGGAGAGGCCGAGCUGAAGCUGUAUCUUGAACGAUGAGUCUGGAGGCGGUGCUGAGGGCGGUCGGUCCGCACUUCCUCAGCCUGUCCGAGCGGACGUUCGCGUACGGGCCGCAGGGCAGGCUGCUGCUGCGUAAUCUCGAGGAGCACUGGUUCUCGCACUGCGUCACGAUGCCGUCCUACAACGUGUUCCCGUGCGACGCGAUCCCGGACGCGUUGCAGCUGCUGCGGAGCAACUCGAUGGACGACGUGCUGCCGUUCGGCCUCGCCGCCCUCGCGACGUCCAAGAGCGCGUGGAACGAGUCCCUCCUGCUCGAGACGGCGGGCGGUAAGGUGCCGUCCCACAGAACCGCCAGGAUCAACGUGUUCGUCGACGCGUCGGACGCGAAGGGUCUGCUGCACAGGAUGCAGCGGGAGCGCAAAGUGUGGUGGCGCAAGCUCGCCCAGCACCCCUCGAGAUUCGUGCUCGCCGAGGCGAAGAAGACGAGGAAUCUCGACGUGACGGAGAUCGAGGCGCGGUUCCCCUUUGGGAAUGUCACCGUGGAGACGAUCACGCAUUAUCCCGGCGUGCGCAAGUUGUAUCCUCAGACCGAAAAUAAUAAAGACAACGCUACGGACGUGCAUAUGGUCGAGCAUGUCGCUUCCAUGGAUUGGGGCUGCCUGGCGUUACUCUGCGACAGCCACAUGCUGGACAAGUCAACGAGGGCGUAUAUUCAUCCUAAGUUAUCCCCGUACAAGAUCACGUUCCACGUGGCGAGGUCGGAGGAUGAGAUGACGGAGUCGGAAGUAGAAGACUUAAAUCGCUUUGUGCUAUACUUAAACAAUAUGCUUAGGACGAGAGGCAUCCCUACCAUAUUGACGAAACGUACAGAACAAAUCGUAGAAAUGUGCCUGAUACCGUACGUCGUGUCGGUGGAUAAGACUAGUCUUAAGAAUGGCAUUGUACACGUAAAAAACCGCUCGACGACCCUUAGCGAGGCAGUUCACAUUACCGACUUGGUAAAGUAUAUUAGUUUGCGUUCUUCUUGAAUUUCUCUCUUGCCGAGUAACCGCGCGCCCGGACCAUCUUUCGAUCGAGUGUUCACAAGAUAUAUUGCUAUUAUAUAUCAUUUAUAUUUAAUUAUUAACUAUAUUUAUUACUGACAGUUACAACGAUAUAAACUGUAAAUAUAAAUGAAAAUUCUGGUUCUACGUU